AUGAGGGAGAUCCUCCACAUCCAGGGCGGCCAGUGCGGCAACCAGAUCGGCUCCAAGUUCUGGGAGGUGGUGUGCGACGAGCACGGCAUCGACCCCACCGGCCGCUACGUCGGCACCUCCGACCUCCAGCUCGAGCGCGUCAACGUCUACUACAAUGAGGCCUCAUGCGGCCGUUUCGUGCCGCGCGCCGUGCUCAUGGACCUCGAGCCCGGUACCAUGGACAGCGUCCGCACCGGGCCCUACGGCCAGAUCUUCCGCCCCGACAACUUCGUCUUCGGCCAGUCUGGCGCUGGGAACAACUGGGCCAAGGGCCACUACACUGAGGGCGCUGAGCUUAUCGACUCUGUGCUUGAUGUCGUGAGGAAGGAGGCUGAGAACUGCGACUGCCUCCAAGGCUUCCAAGUUUGCCAUUCCCUUGGAGGAGGCACUGGAUCUGGAAUGGGCACGCUUCUUAUCUCAAAGAUCAGGGAGGAGUACCCUGAUCGGAUGAUGCUCACUUUUUCUGUCUUCCCUUCGCCCAAGGUCUCAGAUACUGUUGUUGAGCCAUACAAUGCAACACUGUCUGUGCAUCAGUUGGUGGAGAACGCUGAUGAGUGCAUGGUUCUUGACAAUGAGGCUCUUUAUGACAUUUGCUUCCGCACUCUGAAGCUAACCACUCCUAGCUUUGGAGACCUGAAUCACUUGAUCAGUGCUACAAUGAGCGGUGUCACUUGCUGCCUCCGGUUCCCAGGACAGCUGAACUCUGACCUGCGCAAGCUUGCAGUCAACCUGAUCCCCUUCCCCCGUCUCCACUUCUUCAUGGUCGGCUUUGCGCCACUCACCUCGCGUGGCUCGCAGCAGUACCGUGCCCUCACUGUCCCUGAGCUGACCCAGCAGAUGUGGGAUGCAAAGAACAUGAUGUGCGCUGCUGACCCGCGCCAUGGCCGCUACCUCACGGCCUCUGCCAUGUUCCGUGGCAAGAUGAGCACCAAGGAGGUGGACGAGCAGAUGAUCAACGUCCAGAACAAGAACUCUUCCUACUUCGUGGAGUGGAUCCCCAACAAUGUCAAGUCCAGUGUCUGUGACAUCCCGCCGCGCGGCCUCUCCAUGGCCUCCACCUUCAUCGGCAACUCCACCUCCAUCCAAGAGAUGUUCCGCCGUGUGAGCGAGCAGUUCACUGCUAUGUUCAGGAGGAAGGCUUUCUUGCAUUGGUACACGGGUGAGGGCAUGGAUGAGAUGGAGUUCACCGAGGCUGAGAGCAACAUGAACGACCUUGUGUCUGAGUACCAACAGUACCAGGAUGCCACCGCGGAUGAGGAGGGUGACUAUGAGGAUGAGGAGGAGGCGAUCCAUGACGAGUAAGGUGUCCCAUGUUGUACCCUCCGGAUCCUGGUUUGCUUUCAGCUGGAGCUUGCCUAUGUUUGGUUAUUGUUAUUCGAGUAUUAUGCUGAGUAUGUAGUAAGUACCUCCGUGGUAGCAUGCUGCAUGCUACCGCUUAUCCUCUUUCAUCGCCAGAAAGACAUGUUCGCUUGCACUGCUUGAUAUGCCAUCGCGUAUAUGGGAGGAGUAUUGGGAUUAUUGUAUCUGCUUGCUUGUUCG